AUGAGGAUAGGCUGUCUUCAGUUCGCUCCGGCCGUGGGGGAUGUCGACAACAACCUCAACCGGGCCGAUGCCAUUUUGAAUCGCGCUGAUCCCGAGGGGCUGGAUCUUCUUGUAUUGCCAGAGCUGGCCUUCACGGGAUACAACUUCAAGUCCCUCCAAGAAAUCUCUCCGUACCUCGAGCCUUCGGGAUCCGGUAUCAGCUCGCUCUGGGCGCGUACGCAAGCCCUCAAACACGACUGCACCGUAAUUGUUGGCUACCCCGAAAAGGUAGAUCUGUCCGACCGAUGGCCCGCGAACCCGGAGUACUACAAUUCCGCCAUCGUUGUCAGCUACGAGGGCGAUACUGUUGCCAACUAUCGCAAGACGCAUCUCUACUACACCGAUGAGACAUGGGCUCUCGAGAACCCCAAGGGCUUCUUCGGCAAGCCACUGCCGGGCCUAGGACGGGUGUCAAUUGGCAUCUGCAUGGAUCUGAACCCGUACAAGUUCCAGACUUCCUGGAACACCUUUGAGUUUGCGCAUCAUGUUUUGGAUUCGAGAACUCGUCUUGUUGUCGUGUCUAUGGCCUGGAUAACCCAAGAGGACCCCCGUGUGUUUUGCCAAGAACCGGAAGAAGCCGACAUGAAUACCCUCACAUACUGGAUUUCACGAUUGGAACCUAUCAUCCGAGCGGAAUGGGACGAGGAAGUCAUUGUCGUUUUCGCAAAUCGCACAGGGUCAGAAAAUGACGCCACAUACGCCGGCACAAGCGCUGUGGUUGGCAUUAAGGAUGGCGAAGUACGGGUCUACGGCAUUCUGGGGCGCGGAGAAAAAGACUUGCUCGUUGUCGACACGGAAGCUCCUCCUUUUGCGAAACUGGUAUAUCGACCUGACGGGGAAACCCUUCAGGUUGACGACGAUGGCCCUUUAGACACGGUCAACCGCCGCAUGUCCUUACCAAGGGGGACCAACAGCCCAGAUAAGGACAUCAGGACAUCAAACCCACCACGAGGUGAUGGACUUAAGCCGAGAGAUGUUGGCUCUGCGCCGCCUCAGGAGCAGACGAGAAAGGUGCAAUCGUACCACCGAGAUGACCUUUCUGUCCGUGUAUCCCAGAAGCGCCGAACAGACAAUUUACAAGAGGCUCAGUCUGUCCAGACUCCAUCGGCACCGAGCCCAACUCCUCAUGAAAUCCGCCCAUGGAUCCCGACGGAGUCUGUCGAAUCGACGACGCAUCAAUACCUCGAGUCACAAUCUUUUGCCUCUCCCUAUGGUGCGAAUUCUUACAACGAGGACCACAAAUACCCGGAAUUAGAUCUGGGCUUGACUGCACGCCAGUUGGGGUUGGAUCGUCGUUCCCCUUCGAAUGGCUCCGAGUCGUACUUGUCUGAGUUGUCAGGGCUAACCUACAAGCAUUAUGGGACGGGCGAUGAUCAUGGCCGACACGUGCCCCAAGACCCGGAAGGCCCGUGGAUGAUGGACAGAGACGAUGUCAAUGAGAUCAUCUCCGGCUUCGGCUCCUUGUCUCAUGAACAUGGAUAUGACCAUCGUCACAGCUUGCGUUCUGAUGUCUCCGUUUGGAACAACCAAGCUGGGAGACCACGCAUCAUGGCAGCGCUUCCCACCCCGCCACAGGAGCCGGUCGUACAAAGCUCUGUUCAGACCCGAGAAAGAGCCCCCCAUUCUAGGUCUUCUAGACGGUCUCGAAGUCGUCAGCCAGAUACUACAAAGCCGCGCCAUGGUAGCAGAUCCCGUGGGCCGGCUCGAGCCAGCUCCGCAAAGCCCACUCCACCAGAGACAAAAUUAUUCAACCCGUUUGACGACCUGGCACAUCGAGUUGAGUCUGCUCGUGAGCCUCGACCUCCGUCCAAGACUCGACCUCAAUCCAGGACUCGACCUCAGUCCAAGACCAGGAAAGAUACCACUGUUGGAAGAGUUGCUUCUCGGGAUCGCAGGGCUGCCAACCUUAGUCAACCACAAAUCGGCACGGGAUCAGUUCACCACAGCCACGAGCGAGCAUCAUCGGGGGGCUCUAUUACAAUUGCCAUGGACCCUAGUGUUUGGAACGAUAUGGUUCAACCCCCCUCUAGCUUUAACCCAGCACGACAGCCUUCAAAACAGGUGCAAAGCGAUCCGCCUAUUUUGAGGCCUGCAUCGCGUAGUCAGCUUGGAGAGAGAGAUACCCCAAACCAACGCCGAAAUCCGGAUCAAGGUCUAUCGUCAAACCCAAAUGCCCACGGUGAACGCUUCGAAUCCGGCAGACGGUCAAAUCACGACAGUCAAACAACCAGCCGAGGAAGGACAAGAUCGUCGAAGCCGAGUGAGGACAAUCAAGCCCAGUCCUCCCCAACCCGCGAGCCUCGGACCAACUCUCGUAGGAGCCGUCAGCCAUCCCAGGCAGACAUUGAUCUCUCACAGUUUACGCUGAUUGAGGAGUACCCGUCUCCGAACUGCCCCGUGCAUGGAACGCGAUCUCGUUCAAGGGCCAGGCACGGGCACUCGUCCUCUCGCCACAGGACCCCGGUAACCGGCCAGACGCAGGCGCCCUCGCGGCAAAGAACAGGGAGCCGCUCGGCCGCGCAGAACACCCCGGCAUCCGCAGUUCCUCUAGCACUUUACGGAGAACAAGCUGCGACAAGGUCGACGUCGGACCUGUCGAGACAGGGCAGAUCUACUGGGGCGGCGGCCCCGCGCGUCCAACAUGGAGGCAACGAGAGGGUGGUCACGACAUCAUCUAGCCCGCGCAUAGGGCAAGAGCCCAAGACCCCUGUCGCGAUGGUUCUCAUGUCUGAGGUGGCGGAUGCUCGUCGGAUGGCUAACCAUGCGCUUCUACCUCCCCUCAAGUGUGUUGAGCGGAAUUCGCACUCUGCUAUUGAAAGACCUAGGAGUGCCGUUUGGUAG